GGGUCACCAGCACUGGCUUAGAUAUGAUUGGGGUGCAAGGCAGAAGCCAAACCUCAAGGACUUCAGCUCUGGGAAGCAGGGCUCAAGUUACAGGCCCCCUUCCUGGGGCUGAAGCCCUUGGGUUUGGACUUUGCUUCCUCAGUCUUCCCAGGGCAAUGGGGCUUUGGCUUCUCCCACCCUUGCUUAGGGCAGCAGGGCUUGGACAGGCUCAGGCUUCAGGCCCCCCUUCCUGGGCUUGUGUAGUAAUUUCUGUUGUCAGAAGGUGGUUGUGCUGCAAGUUUGAGAACCCCUGACAUAGACUUCUCAUGCUUGGUCUUUACACAGUGUUAAUACCUGCAUGUUAGCCUCCUGCAUUAAUGUUCCCUUUCCGUUAGCAUCAGAACGGGGAAGUUGACAGUCUUCAUUUUUAUCUGUACAGGUGUCAGAUUGUAUUUACAGUUCCACACCCCUUUCCACCUUUUCCUAAUGCACAAAGAACAAGGUGUGUCAUAGCAAAUUAUGCCUGGGUCAGCAUCAGAGCAAGCCCUGUGCACCGAGCCAUGCGCUGGAGGAGAGGGGCAGGGAGGCUCAAUGGAAAUGUUGCUGCCUCUUGGCAUGUAGGAAGUCUGAGUGAUUGCCAUUUUCCUUUUUUAAAAUGUUAAAAGUUUUGAUAACACCUGCUCUGCCACUAUCACAUCACCAAAACUAGCAGGCAGGGACUUUCUGCUACUCCUAGAAGCAAAGAAGCUUCAUCCGCACCCUCGCUGUUCAUGCUGCUGCUUUGCAAAUGAAUCAGUUUUUAAGUAGGAUACUGUCACGAGUCUUUCAUUCCCGUUCCAGUCUCGUACACCCAACCUUUGACCAGUGGCAAUUUCCUGCCCAUCUGCUGUUUUAAAAAUGCCCCAUUUUAACCUCGCUUGUUUAUUGCCCUGGGCUGGCAGUGGUGAGCGGAAUGGGCUCUGGCUCUUGGAUGAACUCUUGCCCUCCCUCUCAUUCUGCCUGUAGGUAGUAGUGCUGCUUGCAAAGUCCAGUUCAGCCACUUGCUUCAUUAUCCUUAAUUUCCAUGCAGGAGCAGAGAACAGGGUUUUCAGUCUUCGCACUAAUUGACUUAGUGUGCAAUUCAGAAGGAUCCCAAAUGUCUGUGGGAUAAUGAGGUUUUAUUUAAAUAAAUAAAAUUUCAGCUCCUUUAUUUGGGGGAAAAAUACUCAAACCAAACCCUAAUCUAGUUUAGAAUGUAAUUGAAUAUGUUCUGCUUUUUAUUCCAUGCUUAAUACCUGGAGGGCUUGGCUGAGAAUCAGGAGCGAAUCGAGGCCCGGAAGGAGAAGCAGCGAGAGCUAAUCACGCAGCUCAAGACGCAGCUAGAUGACUUGGAGACCUUUGCUUACCAAGAGGGCAGCUAUGAUUCACUACCACAGUCCGUGGUCAUGGAAAGACAGCGGGUUGUUAUAGAGGAAUUAAUAAAGAAGCUGGAUAUGAACCUGAAUGAGGAUGUCGCAUCACUGUCCCCCGAGGAGCUGCGGCAGCAAGUAGAUGCAGCUGUUGCCCAGAUUGUGAAUCCAGCGAGGGUGAAGGAGCAGUUGGUAGAACAGCUGAAGACCCAAAUACGAGACCUGGAGAUGUUCAUCAACUUCAUUCAGGAUGAAGUCGGGAGCCCUGGCCAGGUGGAGGAUGGACCCUGUGAAUGUUCAGGCAGAAAGCCUGGAAGCGGCCCCUACAAACCAAAUGCCAGGUUGCAUCAUGGGAAUAACAGAGUGAACCCAGAGGACGCCAGAAAGAUGCGAGAAACAGGCCUGCACCUUAUGCGCCGCAUGCUUGCUGUGCUGCAGAUAUUCGCUGUCAGUCAGUUUGGCUGUGCGACUGGUCAGAUCCCCCGCACGCUCUGGCAGAAGGACCAGGCCAAUAAGGACUAUUCUCCCUUAAUUAAGAAACUGGAACUGUCUGUAGACCAAGUGAGGCAGCUGGCACUGACGUACCAGCUCCAGGAUCGUGAGCUCAGCUACUCCACCAUGCAGGAUGUCCCCUUAGGAGGGAGAGAUGAGCUGACUCUGGCCGUGAGGAAGGAGCUGACUGUUGCCAUCCGAGACCUGAUGGCUCACGGGCUCUGUGCCUCUUCUCAAGGCAUGAGCUUGGUGUUGGCACCCAUUGCAUGUCUGAUUCCUGCAUUUACCUCGUCGCCACAGACCAUGCACCCCUGGGAGCUCUUUGUGAAGUAUUACAAUGCCAAGAACGGCCGCGCCUUUGUGGAGUCCCCGGCACGCAAGCUCUCCCAGUCUUUUGCCCUUCCUGUGACAGGAGGCAUCACCGUUACCCCCAAGCAGAGCCUGUUGACGGCUGUUCACACUGUCCUCACAGAGCACGAUCCAUUCAAGCGCAGCGCGGAUUCUGAACUGAAAGCCCUGGUGUGUAUGGCAUUGAACGAGCAGCGCCUCGUCUCCUGGGUGAAUCUGAUCUGCAAAUCUGGGGAGCUAAUACACGCUCAUUAUCAGCCCUGGAGCUACAUGGCCAACACAGGCUUUGAGAGCGCACUUAACAUUCUCAGCCGCCUGAGCAACUUGAAAUUCAACCUGCCUGUUGACUUGGCUGUCCGGCAGCUGAAAAACAUCAGAGAUGCUUUUUGAUGUGUCCUUUGUGUAUCAGUCCCCUUUCCCCAGUAGGAAUGUAUUAACUUACUAGCCUAGAGGAGGAGUCUUCUUUCUGACCAAACGUAUCCCUUUGGAAGCUGAUUCUGGCUAUGAGGGUAGCAGUUUAGUGUCUUAGCACUGGAAACCUCUGUUACAAGACUGCCUGUGGGGAAAUGCUGCCGAUGUUUGGGUUGGGCACAACCUCCCUCAGGCCUAUGCGGAUGCAGCUGUUCCCUGCAGAGCUGCUGCUCCCCAUCUGUUGGUGCCUUGCCAUGGUGUAGUGCAUUAGCAGGAGUGAAAUGCAAUAAGAAGGGCCUGAUUUUACAGCCAUAGCAUCGGAGCUGCUCCCAUGGAGGUCAGGGAAAGCGGUUCCUAUGCUAUGGCUGCAUGGUCAACCCCCAGAAUUUAUAUUUAAAAGAUGACAUUUGUGGCAUUUUGCUGUUUCACUCAGAGCUACCUGCGUGAGGCUUUUCGACACACCUUUCUUCUGCUGCUUAGGCUUGAUGGAACUUGCCCAGUGGUGGAGUCAGAUGUCCCCUCCUUUAUGUGUAUGUAAAUGUUGAAAGUAUGUGAGGCCUGGGAACAGUUUCUACAGGAGCUGUAGGUGCCUAUUGCUUUAUAUCUUGCAGCAUGACUGACUGCAGAAAUCCAUUCUUCAGACUGGUGAUAGGGGACUGGAUUAAGCAUUCAGGUACAUUCUGGAAGAAUCUCAGCUCCCUCUUGGAGCUUGAGUCAAAGUCCUGAACACCAUCAGUCCUGGGUUUUGUGGCAGAUGCAUUGGGUUAAAUGCUAUAAACAAAUAUUCCCUUUUCAACUUGCUGUGUUUAACUUGAGUUAAUUAUUAGCCCCUGUGCUGCAAGAACACUUGCUCAUCUGGCUCCUUGUAGAAAAUCAAUUGUGGCUGUUAUAAAUGUCUAAUAUUCCCAGUGUAAUUCCGAAAAGCACUUCUGUGGUCAGGGUCUCUUGGCCAGCAUCUUUCUGCAUGGAGUGGAAUUGUUUGUUGUGUAACAAUUUUCUGCUGCUCCGAGGGCAAAGCUUCCAAUCCUGUUUACAGCUACAUCUGCAGUCAAAUCAGUCAGCAUUGCUGAAGUAGUCAUCCGCAUGGCAUUUAGACUGCAUGAGAAAAAAUCACUUCAGGCAUCAAAGAAUUGCAGGUUUGGGUGUUCUGUUCCCUUCAGCUUCCCAGAAAACCAUGAGCAUCCUGAUCUCAGACACAUGGGAUAUAGGUUGGGAGUGACCACUCCAUUUAUACAUUUAAUAGCUAGAGGGGGGCUGUCAAAAUAGUUUCUUUUGUUCCCCAUUUCUCCACUGUUCAAAUUAGGGAUGAUAGAUAUAGUGUAAUUGAAUAGUCGUGUAAUUGCAUGAAAUCUUAGUGGUUACAUGACUAUUCAGUAGUCUUUCGGGGUAGGGCUGGCAGGCAGUGCAAUCCGACCUCACUCCUGGGGAGUCUCCUGCCAGCCUGCGCUGUUACCUCUGUAUCAGGAUUGGCUGCUUGCUGCCCUGCGCUGCUGCCUCUGAUACAGAGGCAGCAGUGUGGGAUGGCAGCAGCCCCUGUCCGUGGGGAGGUCCGAGCUCCCCGCAGAGCUGACUAUCCGUGGGGAGCUCAGACCCCUCUGUGGACGGGGCUGCUUCCGCGAAGCAACUCUGCCUGCAGUGGGCCCAGGCU